GUCUGGUUCAAGAAUCGCCGCGCUAAGGCCCGGCAGCAGAAGAAAUCGCAACAGAACAGCUCCGGCGGUAGCAGCGGUUCAUCUUCGACUGAAGGAAACAACUCCACUGCUGAUGCUGAUGUGAAUAUUAAGUCUGAAGAACCAAGCGAGACAACAUUGAGCGAACAUUCGCAAAGCCCUUGUCCUGAGGAUAAAACGCCUUCAAGCACUAACUAUUUGAGUACAGCUGCAUCGCCAAAUAACUACGCCGCCACGUCAUUUCGACCGCAAGCACAAUAUAGCUAUGCAAGCUAUCAAAGUCCUAUGGAUUAUUUCCAAUACACACAACCGUCCGCAGCUACAACGGCUACAAAUCCAUACGGGAUGGAGUCAUGGAAGUUUCAACCAAUGGGCUAA